AUGAACCUGUAUCAACCGGAGCCUUGCACCAACAAGUGGUGUAUUACACGCAUAGAACAAUUAGAGGCACGUAUCAAAGGCCUGUCCUGCGCAUUGCAAGCGGCUACCGCAUCACGUCCAAAUCAGCCAAGCAAUCGCAGUUCCUAUUGUACCGAACUGCAACCGCUCUCCCCGAACUCGUCCCGCUCACGACACGGUGUCUCCCGUCGUACUGGUCUCGCACUAACGUCUCCUCCGAUUAGCGGGUCUCCAUCAUCGAUCAAUAUCGAAGUAGUGACAGUAGCAAACUACGCUGCGCCCAUACCGAUCCCGCCGCCGACCGCAAGAAAGCCAUGUACACAAGUCCAAAAGUUUCUGGGUGAACUUCCCCGAGACGAACAAGAAUGGCAGAAGAUAAGGAAGCGCACGGGUCUGAUGGACGCAGAGGGCAUACGGAAUGCCUUCAGCGACAUCAUGUCGACUAGUUUUCAAGCGGAAUAUUAUGAGCCUCGGCCAUCACUGCGGUCGCACCUAUUUCGAAGUCCCGUAGGUACAGCAACGCGAGAUAGGGAUGAUAACAACGAGCAACUUAAUACCUUUUCUGAGUUUAGAACACUGGUAUUCGUGGGGGAGUGCUGCGUUGCGCUCAAACGUGGUGCCACAACGGAGCAUGUCAACAAUGUCAUGCGACAGGUCUACUUUUCUCAGACGAUCGAACCCCAAACACUGCAGAAAUACCGCCAAGUGCCGGCGAGGAUUACAAAGCAAAUGGGCCACCUAUAUGAGCACCUGUAUCCAAAUAAUAAACACCGAGCAUUUGAGUUAUUUCUCCAUGCUAAGAUGAGCGUAUCAAACUACGAUAAAUUGUCAAGAGCUGAUCCCGCUGACUUGCUUGCGAAAAUCAAGUCAAUAAUAACGUCUGACACUGAGCUCGACGCGCCUGUGCAUGAGCUUCACGCCUCUCUUCCUUUCUAUUUGCCCUUUGUCAUAUGGGCUCGUAUAUUUCUUCAGCAUGGUAAAGACACUUUCGAUGAAGUCAACGAAGUCUUUCAGGUGGAAAACUUUACCAAAGCCGACUUCCACGGAUGGCUUCGAUUCUCACGAUUAACCCCGAUGAACAUCGAUGGGGGGGAGGAAGGUGCUGCUGCGGGGGGCUCCAGGACGCGUUUGUUGCACCUACCGUUCCUGAAUCAACACGAUCAGCAAGCGCCGUUACCAACCACAGGAUCGAAACCAGCAACUUCCUCUUCCGCUGUGCAACUCAGUGACCAACAAAUAAUGGACAACCUAGUAACUGGAACUUGCUUGUCCUCAAGUGACAUCUGUUAUAGUCACCCUCCAUCCCAAACCAUUGACGACGGAUUUGGAGGCGAACCGGAUCCUGUUGAGGCAUAUCAAGUGAAUGCUUCGUUUUCUGGCAACCUUUCGCCCAACGGCACAAGCCAAGCCACUUCUAUCCAUGAGCAGCAACCCAUGGUGACAAGGCAUUGGGAAGCGAACAGAGAGAACACAACCUCACAGUUCGUACAGCCAGCUUGCAGCGGCGCACUUCCUUCAAAUCACAACCACCAGGUUGGCUCUCAUGCACCCCAGGCGGGCAUCAACACCGGCGUCAACAUCGUUCCUGGAAGCUACCAUGAGCAGCAAUCCAAGGCAUGCUGGUGGAUGCCAUCUUUUGAGCAGUACGAGCUGGCCACGUCGACAGGCAUGGUCUAUCCUGAUCAGAUGGGUUCGCCGCCCUGGCGAGGGCACUCAGACAUGAUGCCAUCUUCCGACAUCAUGCUGAUCGGAACCGAACCGUUCCAACACUCUUCUCGGCUUUGUGUUCCACACAAUGAUCCCUACAAACGCGAUUGCGAGUCGUUGGAGUACAAGCACAUGAGAAUGAGAUGUGUACUAUAA